AUGUUAAAAAAUUUAUGUAAUAAUAAAAUUAGAAAAAAUUUAAUUCAAAAUUCAAUUAGAAAUUAUUCAUCAUUUUUAAAUCAAACAAAAAAUGUUUCAAAUCAAAUAAAUAAUUAUAGAAAUAUUGGUAUUAUUGCACAUGUUGAUGCAGGUAAAACCACAACAUGUGAAAGAAUGUUAUAUUAUUCAGGUUUAAUUAAAAGAAUUGGUGAAGUUCAUAAAGGAGAUACAAUAAUGGAUUAUAUGAAAUUAGAAAGAGAAAGAGGUAUUACAAUUGGUGCAGCAACAGUUACAAUUCCAUGGAAUGAUCAUAGAAUUAAUAUUGUAGAUACACCAGGACAUGUUGAUUUCACAGUUGAGGUUGAAAGAUCAGUUAGAGUGAUUGAUGGUGGUGUUGCAAUUUUUGAUGGUGUUGCAGGAGUUCAAGCUCAAUCCAUUACAGUUUGGAAUCAAGCGGAAAGAUAUAAAGUACCAAGAAUUGCAUUUAUCAAUAAAAUGGAUAGAGAAGGUUCAUCAAUUGAUAAAACUUUAAAAAUGAUGACUGAUCGUUUAGGUGCAAAUCCUUUACCAAUUCAAUGGCCAUUAGGCACUGGUGCAAAAUUUUCAACUGUUGUAGAUUUAAUUGAAAUGAAUUUAAUUUCAUGGUCAGGUGAAAAAGGUGAAAUCAUUGAAAAAACACCACUUUUAACAACGUCAACAUCAAAUCAAACUUUAUUGGAUCAAGAGACAAUUGAAUUGGUUAAAGAGAAAAGAUCGGAAUUAAUUCAAAAACUUUCAGAUUUGGAUGAAGAUAUGUUACAAUUAUACUUGGAGAAUGAUGGUGAUGAUUCAAAAAUUACACCAACUCAAAUGAAAGAAGCAAUUAGAAGAGUAACAUUAUCAAUUAAAGCAGUACCAGUUUUAUAUGGUACAUCAUUACAAAAUAAAGGUGUUCAACAAUUAUUGGAUAGUGUUGUAGAUUUUUUACCAUCACCAAUCGAUAGAGAACCACCAUUAGCCAUUUUACCAAAUCCAUAUGAUGAAUCAAAUCCUAAAACCAAUAUACCAAUUAAAAGUGAUACAAAAGGUGAAUUGGUAGCAUUGGCAUUUAAAGUGGUACAUGAUCCAAGACGUGGUUUAAUAGUUUAUACUCGUGUUUAUUCUGGUAUAUUAAAAGCUGGUACAAACAUUUAUAAUUCAACAAGAAAAUCAAGAGAAAGAGCAACAAAAUUACUUCAAGUAUCAGCAAGUGAAAUGGAUGAUAUUCAAGAAUUGAAAGCUGGUGAUAUUGGUGCAAUCCUUGGUUUAAAGAAUGUUUCAACCGGUGAUACACUAGUUAGAGACUUUGAUAAGGCACCAAAAAUCAUAUUAAAUGGUAUUAAAACACCACCACCAGUUUUCUUUUGUACAUUGGAAGCAAAUUCUGAAAGUGAAAUUCCACAAUUGAUAGAUGCAUUAACUAUUCUUCAAAAAGAGGAUCCAUCAUUCCAUUUUCAAGUUACAGAUGAUCAAAAUAUUUUAAUUAGUGGUAUGGGUGAACUUCAUUUGGAGAUUAUAAAAGAUCGUUUAGAUAAUCACUUUAAAGUCGAUAGUAGAAUGGGUAAAAUGCAAGUUCAAUAUCGUGGCUCAAUUUCUUAUUCAUCACAAUCAACAUUUGAUGAAGCUGAUGAUGGAAUCAAUCAAUCAGAAUUUAACAUCCAAACUGGUACAGGUAUGAAAACAUUCCAUGCUGGUAUUAAUAUGUCAAUUGAACCAAAAGAAAUUGGUACAGGUAAUGAAAUCAUUUUCGAUUUCAAAAAGGGAUUUUUAGAAUCAUUUGAUAAAUCAACAUUGGAAAAAAUUAAAAUUUCAAUAACCGAAGGUUUAGAAUCAUCAUUCCAACGUGGUUUACCAAUGGGUUUCCCAGUUGUUGAUACUAAAGUCACCAUAAGUGCCAUUGAUUAUAAUUCAGAUUCUGAUUCACCACCAUUAGCUUUUAGAAUGAGUAGUAUUAAAAAUUUUAUUGCAUUGGGUGAACAAUGCGAACCAAUCAUUUUAGAACCAUUAAUGAAAAUUGAAAUUACUGUUGAUGAAAAAUAUCUUGGAAAUGUUUUAUCAGAUUUAUCACGUCAAAGAAGAGGUACAAUUUUAGAUGUUGGUAUGGAAAAGAAUACUCAUAUAAUCUCUGCUAUCGUUCCACUUAAAGAAAUGAUUGGUUAUUCAACUCAAUUGAGAAGUUUCACUUCUGGUAAUGCUUCUUUUUCAAUGGAAUUUUCAAGUUAUGGUAAAGUUUCUUCAAGUGAAAAAGAUAAAGUUUUAAAAGAAAUUAGAGGUUAUUAA